UUUGUUUAUCCAUGUGAUAAAGAAUCAAAUUGUUGGAUUGGCUGGAUAAUGCCACGUGCCAGAUCGGGUAUUUCCCUGAUCGUCAUCACAGCGCAAACCAAACCAGGAGGAAGGAGACACUGCUCAUCCACGAUAGGAAUAUUCUCGAAAAGAACAUGAAAAAAGUGUUAAUAACUGGAGCUUCAGGCCUUCUAGGACGAGCCAUUCUGAAGGAGUUUAGCAACAGUGCAUCAUGGGAAGUACUAGGCUUAGCUUUCUCAAGGUCAGGUGAUAACUUGAAGAAAGUUGACCUUACAGAUAAUGCUGCAGUGAGAGAUACGCUGAAAGAAUUUAAGCCAGACGUUGUUGUUCAUUCCGCUGCUGAAAGACGCCCGGAUGUCGUACAAAAUAAGCCUGGCGACACUAAACAACUUAAUGUUGGUGCAACUGAGAACAUUGCAAAGAUUUGUGGGGAGCUUAAUGCUUUUUUGGUGUACAUCAGUACAGAUUAUGUGUUUGAUGGAACAAAACCACCCUACAAACCAAACGAUCAGCCCAAUCCUCUCAAUGCCUAUGGACAAAGCAAACUCGAUGGUGAGAUAGUGACGUUACAGUGCAAUCCAAGUGCUGUUGUGUUGCGGGUACCUAUCCUGUAUGGACAAGUAGAAUUUCUCUCCGAGAGUGCUGUAACGAUCCUAUUUAACUCAGUAAAGGACACUUCAAAACCUGCAAACAUGUGUAACUACCAGCAACGAUUCCCCACACACACCAGAGAUGUUGCGGUUGUUAUUCGACAAAUAGCUGAGAAGCAGUCAGAGAAUCCUUCAAUCAAAGGUAUUUACCAUUGGAGUAACAACGAACAAGUAACUAAAUUUGCUAUGGCAACCAAGAUGGCUGAAAUAUUCAAUUUACCACGUGAUCACUUAAAGGCCAAUGAGAAGGCUCCUCCUGGAGCUCCAAGACCCAAAAAUGCUCAGCUUGAUACAUCAGAUUUAGAUGGUUUAGGCAUCGGACAAAGAACACCUUUUCAGGAAGGGAUUAAAGAGGCUUUAGAACCAUAUUUGUGAGCAAAAGAGAAUAAUUAUGAUAAAGAAUAAUAUAAUAAUUAUUGAAAAACAGUUGAAUUAGACAUUAUGUUUGAUUUGCAUUCACCUUUAAUUAUGCUUCUACACAUCAUUAAACUUGAGUCUAAUCCCUUUUCCCUUUAGGGCUAGGAGGCUGUUUAUUUGAUCCCUCUUAUAGGUCUGCCCCCAUUAAGACGCUGGUGGGAGAUAUGCUAUGUCCAGUUCACCUCUUCAAAUCACAUCCAUGGUGGGGUACUGCUGAUCUAUCACAACAGCAACUGAGCAGUGCAAUUGAUGUACCAAAUACAAUCGUUUUAAAAUUAAUAUACACAGAUACAGAUUACUCUAUUAAUUUACAACAGUAAUUCAUUUCCUUGUAAAAAGUAUUCUAAUUAUUUCCAUAACGUCAGUAUUUGAAUGAUUGACAUUUUGAAUGAUAGUUGAUCACAUUAAAGUUUUUUUUCAAAUUAAUUAAUUGCAGUGUUUUAUUUUUAGUUUAUGUAAAAUAUAUUUGAUAAUACUGUAAUUAUAAAGAGUGCAUAAAUGCGUCAAUAAAAAGUGUGAUAGCGCCCUCUAA